AUGGAGGCUGUGAGAACAAGCAUACUGUGUAGACAGUGGAGAUAUAAAUGGGUUAACCUUUCAAAGCUGGUCUUUGAUGUGGUCUCUAACCGUGCCCUUUGGACUCGUCCAAAUACAAGAGGUGUCGAAUACUCGGUUUAUCAUGUUCUGCUAUCUCAUUGUGGCAAUAUACACACUUUUAAGCUUUGCAACACCAGCUUAGAAAAGUACUCCGAUCUUCAGACUUGGAUACAUUAUCUUGCAAGAAACGGUAUCAGGGAACUCACUCUUGAGUAUGGUUGCACUGCAAAUAAGAAUGCAAACUUAUAUAAGUUACCGGCUUGCAUAUGGUCUUGUGAACAUCUGACCCAUUUGCAACUCCGUCAAUAUGGAUUACCAGAACCUCUUUGUGCUUAUAAAGGUUUCAGAAAUCUGGUCAGCCUCCAACUUCAUGGGAAGCCUAAUGAUAUUCAAUUGCUGGAAAACUUGAUCGGCAACUGCCCUGUUCUACAGAGAUUGGUGCUUAAAGGUCUUCAAAAUUAA